UUUGCUCAGCAACAACAGUAACUAAAGACGUCACCAUAUUGAGCCGAAACGGACAGAGAGUUGGCAGUUGAAUAUCGGAGAAGAAACGGAAGAAAUUGAGAAUGAAAGUAUUCAUUGUGUGCUUAGCGGCUUUAUUCCUAGCUUCCGCUGAGGGAUUGAAAUGCCCAGAAAAUAGUCGUGGUAAUCAUCCACAGUGUACAUGUUUAAGCGGAGGUGUUUAUGAUGUUAACUAUAACUGGUGUUCAAGUGAUUUGAAAGAGUUGGAUGGUGAAUGUCCUUCAGACGGACCAGGAUUCUACCCAAAUUGUAAUUGUGGUCUUGGAAAAACCUUUGAUAGAAACAACAAAAAGUGUACCGGCAUUGAUCGUAGCGUGUGCCCCAAAGGCGCUUCAGGAAUCGCUCCAAACUGCAAAUGUGAACCAAAAUAUGCUUUCGAUGAAAUUCAUUGGUACUGUCGCCCAUGGUAUUUGAGCACCACUCGCCCAACGACAACAUACAAACCUCCACCAGCGGUUCUUCGAUGCUCUGCAUACCAAUACGGAGUAUAUCCAGACUGCCAUUAUAAACCAUGCCCAAGCAACGCUCUCAACCCACAAGACCAUGAACCAUACUGCCGUUUCAAUUUUACUUAUGUCGAAUACAAACAUUGUGGAGAAGGUUUGGUAGGAAAUUAUCCCGACUGCUACAAACCAUGCCCAGCGUAUCAUCAUGGACGUUAUCCAAAUUGUGAAAGGAUCAAAUGUCAAACUGGACCCGGAUGGACCGGCCAAUAUGCUCCAGAUUGCAAGUUCACACCGACUUGCCCUGAUUCCCAUCCGGGCCAAUGGCCUCAAUGUGAUAUUUACAAAGCUACGCCAACAUACUUGCCACCGACCUAUUUGCCGCCUACCAAUCCACCCACGUAUCUCCCACCAACGACCAAGGCGCGCACAUACCUUCCUCCACAACCGGCCACUUAUCUACCACCAAAAUCUUCAAAAGCAUAAAUAUUCUUUUCA